GGAGCGUAGAGUCAGUGAUCCAGCCUUAGCCUACUUUCGGUGAGUGUGCGGCGGCUUCACAUUUAUUCCUCCUGUCCUUACGUUUAGUCACCAGUCCUCCCUUCUCAACGUCGGGGGCUCAUAUUUCCUGAAGAGCACCAUUUUUUAUCAGGGUGGGUUACCAACGAGCAACAACGGACGGGCAGAGGAGCCAGGGGGGUGCUUCUCGCUCCGUGGGAGGAAGGGACGAAGUGCGUUCCCUAUCCAGUAGCAAAAGGCGAUGGAUCCCUCCUUCUAGCUUGAGACGAGAUGCACUUACCCCAGACAACAAAUAUGACCUCACUUUCCGAAAGGUAAGCGCAUUAUGGAUGACCUCACUUUCCGAAAGGUUCGAGGAGUUCUCAACAAACUCACCCCUGAGAAGUUCCAUAAGCUAAGCAAUGACAUCCUAAAUGUAGGCCUUGAUUCCACCACACUUCUCAAAGGGGUCAUUUUGUUGAUCUUCGAGAAGGCCCUUGAUGAACCCAAAUAUUGUUCUAUGUACGCACAGCUGUGCAAACGGCUGUCAGAAGAGGCUCCAAACUUUGAUCCACCCGACGGACCUUGUACAUUUAACCGCUUACUAUUGAGCAAGUGCCAGGAUGAAUUCGAGCGCCGGCGCCGUGCCUCUGAGGCAUGGGAUGGGUCAGAUGGAACAGCACUUACACCAGAACAAGAAGAAGAACGGGCAGCAGCAAAGCGCAAAAUGGUUGGCAACCUGCGUUUCAUUGGUGAACUGGGCAAGUUGGAGAUCAUCCAUGAGUCCAUUCUUCAUCGUUGCAUCCAACAGCUGUUGGAGAAGCGCAGGCGUCGACCAGUGGUUGACUUGGCUGAGGAUCUGGAGUGUCUGUGCCAGAUAAUGAGGACAUGUGGGAAGGUGCUGGACAAGCCCAAGGCUAAGCCCUUAAUGGACCAGUACUUUGAACGCAUGUACCAGCUAAGCAGCAGUGUGGAACUCCUGGCACGGAUCCGCUUCAUGCUGCAGGAUGUGCUGGAUUUGCGUGCUGCUAACUGGGUGCCUCGUAAGAUAGCCCAGGUGGAUGGUCCUCGUACCAUUCGUCAGGUGCGAGAGGAAGCAGCGCACGACCUUGGUGUUUACAUCCCACCACCUUCGUCGCAUGGACCUCCACGGUCCUCUGGCCCCAUCUCUCCUUUAGCUGGUGUUUCAUCCUUUUUCCCACCGCCGGGAGGGAAUCGCACAGGCAUGGAGGAUGUGUUUAUGGGAGCAGUGACACUAGGAACAGGUCCAGGAGUCAUUUCCUCACAGCCAGACAAGUAUGGCUAUGACGCAAAUGGAUUUGGCUCAAAUGUGAGUGGCGGUGGUGGUUACAGGCCACGUCAGCAACAAGGAUACUUUCCCCAGAAUAAACACUUCAACAACCAGAACUUCAGUAGACAACAGCAGAACAAUCAGUAUAACCAGCAGCAGAAUUAUAGCAACAUUGCUACAAAGGACUUGCCCCCUCGAUUCAAGAAAAUUUUAAGUGUCUCAAAUUCAAGUGGAUCAGGCAGUCCAGAUGGGGAGGUGUCACUUCGUCCUGCCCCAUCCAGUAUGAUGCUCAAACCUAAGACACCAGGGAUACUUCCUCAGAGUGCCUUGGGCAACCAGCAAAGUAGUGACCAUCACCACUCAAACCUGCCGCUGGCUCCCCAGGCUCAAGCUCCUAACCAGAAGCCCACACCACCUCUUCUCCAUAAAGACCCUCCAAUUCUAAUCAAACAAGCUUCAACUGACAAAGCACGUGACAAGAAAAAGGAUCGGGGUCCAAGCCGUGAAGAGUGGCUUCGACGAGUGAAGAACGUCUAUGAAGAAUUCCUUAAGGAGCAAAAUUUGGAUGAAGCUGUUGAAAAUUAUCGCAGCCUUAGAGUGCCAGAGCGCUUUACUGCUGAAACCGUUCAUGCCACCAUCAAUUAUUUGCUGACUUUGGAGGAGAGCAACCGGGAACUUGGGGCUCAGCUGAUUGAAAAGCUCCGCUCUGAGGGCCUCAUCAAUGUUGAUCGUCUUUUUGAUGGAGUAAAACUGGUUCUGGCUAGGCUUGAUGACCUGGUGACAGAUGUCCCUCGAGUCAAGUCCCACAUGGCAGGGAUCCUGGGUUACUUGGUUGGAUCAGGCACUUUAGCCCUGGCAGAUGUAGCAGAACCACUGGAAGGAGGACAACAUUUUCCCCUGUUUUUGCUCACCCUUCAGACCCUGCACAAACUUCAUGGCAAAAUGAAAUUAACUCAGAUCUUCAAUGAUAGCAAGGUGAACCUUCUCAACCUUCUGCCAGAGUCUGAUCGAACAAAGGAAAAGUUGGCAGACCUUCUUGAGGACAGAGACCUGUCCUUCCUUUUCCCACUAUUGAGGAUCCAGUCUGACUUGUGGCGAGCCCUUGUUUCUGAUCCAACUCCUCACACAUUAUACAAAUACAUCAAGGACACGCUAGAUGUGGAACACCAUACUGCUCCAGGGUUCAUUAAUGCUCUGAUGACAGUUUUGGUGAAGUACAUAACACAGGAAACCACUUUGGCAUCUGGAUGUGAUCCAACAGCGAUUCCAGAGAAACUGGUGACUGAACAAGAACAAGAACUACUGGCCAAGUUUAAGCCUGUCCUUCAGGCUUUCCUUCAUGAUCACAUACAGCUUCAAGUCACAGCUGUGUAUGCAUUACAAGUUUUCACAUAUACCCACAACUUCCCGAAAGGGAUGUUGUUGCGGUGGUUUGUGAAUCUUUACGAUCUGGAAAUAAUAGAAGAAGAUGCUUUCUUGACCUGGAAGGAGGACCUGAGCCAGGACUAUCCUGGCAAAGGGAAAGCACUUUUCCAGGUUAAUCAGUGGCUCACCUGGCUGCAAGAGACUGAAGAGGAUGAUGAAGAAGAGGAGGAUGCUCAAUGAUAAAUGCCAAGGAGUAUUCAUGAUAGACGAACUAAGUUUUAGUGAAUGUAAUGGAAUGUGCAGCCAAGGGAGGAAAGGACUAAUAUUGUCAGUUGCGCCACGAUAAAGAUAACCAGUAAAAUGAAAUGAACUUAAUGAUUCUGAAUCCUUGCUCUAAGGAGACUGUCCUGUUUCUAAAGCUUCCUGGGUAUUUUGUCUUGUAUUCUGUACUGUUGCUGUUAUAUGCGUGCCUGUUGGGGCAGAGACAGCCAGAACUCCUGGGAACAAGGCUUAAAGCAGUGCUGUGGUAUGAGGUUACUCUUGAUUAGGUCACAUGAGGAUGGAAUUGAAGCAAAAAAACUGUGGAAAACACUUGAGCUUAAGCCACUGAUGGCUUAUCUUGAAGUCUUGGCUAACACCAAAGUGUUCUGAAUACAUGUCAUAUAUAUAUUAAUGAAAAUAACUAGAAAAAGACUUACAAAAAAAAAGGAAAAUCUCAAAUAAAACUGAAAUGAUGCCUUAGUGUUGUAUGAGUUUGCUACAUAAUCUUAUAAUCCAUUAACUGCUUCUUCAGCUAUAUCACAAUGUUUAAUGAUAAAAUAUUAUUCAGCACAUACAACUUUUUUAAAACCCUGUGGUAGUUCACUUUUAGAUAGUAAUUCCUUUGAAUUUUAGUUUGCCUGACAAUUGAACUAAAGAUGUUUGAUUGGAGGUUAUAUCUUUAUUUAUGAAGAUACAGUGUUAGGUGUUUGUUUUUUGUAAUAAAACAGUAUGUGUGAUAAUAUUUCAGGGGUGUGUGUGCAUGACAAGGUUUUUAUCCAACUUUUUUUUCUUUUUCUUUUUUAGCUUGCCUAGUAGGGAUGUCAAUCCCAUUCUUCACAGUGAAUCCAUGUAUUGCCUAAAUGUCAUUAAAAGGACAGACAAUUUAUCAUUCCAUAUUAGUAGCCUUGGAAUUCAGAAAUUCUUUUUCCACUACUUUGCUGUAAUUGCCUGCGGCUGUAGCACGUUUGUCGCACCGACCAAUAAAUAUAACAAAAUCA